GGAGGGUGCAGCGGGACAGUGAGCAGCAGCAGCCGAGCCCCGCUGAUCUCUGCCGGCUGUAAACAAACCUCCGGCCCGCCACUAUGUACGCAGAGGGGCCGUUCUCCGAGCAGCGGCUCCCCGCGCUGUGUCCCCCGGUGCUGACGUCCACCACCGACCGCUGUCCCUGCUGAACCCGCGUGACACAACGGCUCGUUUUUAAACACGACAUCCAGACCUGUCAUCGCUUCGGCCGGCGGUGCUCUCACAGGUACUCUCGUGCUAAUGGUGGCCCGCUAGAGUUGUACGCCCAAGACAGCUCGGUUAGCCAGCCGUCAAUCUACCGGUGUGUUGUCACACUCGGCCCCCGCGUUCAGCUGCGCUCACUCGUUCGAGGAGGUCCGUGAACAUGGCAUCGUCCGCCGAGCAGGACCUGGCUCUGUCUGAGGCGGACAGCUCCAAGGAGAAGGCUCAGGUGUUCGGGAUCCUGAGGCUGCAGGAGGAGAAAUGCGCUGCUGCCGCCGCGGACAAAGCUAACAGUGGCAGCACAGUGAGAGGAGGAGGAGGAGGAGGAGACGGAAGAUGGCAGGCUCCGAUUUUCGCUUUGGCCAGAAAAGCGUCUGAGACCAUCUCAGGCAGCAUUCACGUCCUGCCCAAAGUGUCCGAGCACAGAGCGUCUCUGCCCGGGGAUUGGGCCGUUCAAGCCCUGCGAGACCCCAUGACCAUGGAGCGAGCCAACCUGCUGAACAUGGCCAAGCUGAGCAUUAAAGGCCUGAUCGAGUCGGCUCUGAGCUUCGGACGCACACUGGACUCAGACUACCCGCCCCUGCAGCAGUUCUUUGUUGUCAUGGAGCACUGUCUCAAACAUGGCCUCAAGGUGAAGAAGUCCUUUCUGGGCUUUAACAAGUCCCUGUGGGGUCCACUGGAGCUGGUGGAGAAACUGUGUCCGGAAGCAGCAGAGAUUUCAGCCUCUGUACGAGACCUGCCUGGACUAAAGACUCCUCUAGGAAGGGCCAGGGCGUGGCUGCGUCUGGCCCUCAUGCAGAAACGGUUGGCUGACUAUCUGCGACUCCUCAUCACCAGAAAAGACAUCCUCAGUGAUUUCUACGAGAAUUCAGCACUGAUGCUGGAGGAGGAGGGAGCAGUGAUUGUGGGCCUGCUGGUGGGCCUGAACGUCAUCGACGCCAACCUUUGUGUCAAAGGCGAGGACCUGGACUCUCAGGUCGGUGUGAUUGAUUUCUCCAUGUACUUGAAAAACGACAUUGAUGAUUACAGGAGCGAGGAGAGGAAUAGCCAGAUUUCAUCCAUCCUGGAUCAGAAGAACUAUGUAGAGGAACUGAAUCGACAACUCAACUCCACAGUCCAUGGUCUCCAAGGCAGAGUGGACAACAUGGAAAAGUCCAACUCUAAACUCAUAGAAGAGUUAGCCAUAGCCAAGAACAACAUCAUCAAACUGCAGGAAGAGAACCAGCAGCUGAGGAGUGAGAACAGCCUCAUUCUGCUGAAGGCACAACAACAUUUAGAGGUGACCCAAGGUGAUGUGUCAUUGGAGAGAGACACUUACAAACAGUCUCGUCAGGGUUUGGAUGAGAUGUUCAACGAGGCUCAGAGACAGCUGAAGGAGGAGUGUCAGCUCAGACAGGACGUGGAGAAUGAGUUAGUUGUCCAGGUGUCAAUGAAACAGGAAAUGGAGCUGGCCAUGAAACUUCUGGAGAAAGAUAUUCACGAAAAACAGGACACACUGAUUGGACUGAGACAUCAACUGGAUGAGGUCAAAUCCAUCAAUGUAGAAAUGUACCACAAGAUGCAGUCGUCCGAUGAGGAGAUGCAGCAGAAGAACGAUAUGAUCAGCCGUCUGGAGGAGAAGACCAAUCAGAUCACUGCCACCAUGAAGCAGCUGGAGCAAAGAUUACAGGAGGCUGAGAGGCACCGCACGUCGGCCGAGGAGGGAACCCGACGCUUCAAGCUGGACUUCGCCAACAAGGCCGACAGCCUGCAGCGGCAGAUCGAACACAGAGAGAGACAACUCCAGCAGCUGGAGACCGACCUGAAGAUCGAGAGGGAGUGGAGGCAAACAUUACAAAAUGAUCUGGACAGAGAGAGAGAGUCGGUGGCUGAGCUCAGCACAGAGGCGCUGCAGAUCAACGGACUAAAAAAGGAAUUCCAUCGUCUCCAGGAUGAAAACAUUCAGCUCAGGACCAUCUGUGAAGACCAAGAACGAGCUCUUGAGGAGUUAGGCUCCAAACUCAGCGAAUCCAAACUGAAGAUUGAGGACAUCAAAGAGGCCAACAAAGCUCUUCAGGGGGGUCAGGUGUGGCUGAAGGACAAGGAAGCCAGCCAGUGCAAACUCUGUGAAAAGGAGUUUUCCAUUUCAAGAAGAAAGCACCACUGUAGGAACUGUGGGGAGAUUUUCUGCAACGGUUGCUCUGACAACGAGCUUCCUCUGCCUGCCUCACCAAAACCAGUCCGAGUGUGUGACACCUGCCACGCCCUCCUCCUCCAGCGAUGCUCCUCCAAUCCUACGUGAGGGCGCCCCACGCUGCUGCCGGGACUGUUGCCAUCAAUCAGAGCCGACACACUCCAGUCCUCCUCCUGUAAGACCCCCCCCCAAACUGACCUGAACAGUGUUUGCUGCUAGGAACGGACCCUCUGCAUGAAUGUGAAGGACAUCUGAUCAGUCUUCUAAGAUGUUGAAGAAGGAAGAAUAUCAAAGACACGGUCACCUCAAAGUCGUUUAUCUCUCAGGCCUGACUCACUACUUUGUCCGCACACUAUCUGCUGUGUCAAAUAUUCUAUCAGUUCACUAUUUAGGCAAAGACUGCUCACUGGGAAACUGACAAGCUGGAAAUAGAAGCGUCUGCUUCAGUAUCAUAAACAAUCAUCUCUGUCACUUUAGUUCUACUAAAUAUAAAAGUGUUUAACAGAUUAAACCAUUCAUUUACUGUGAAUUUAAAAUCAAUGGUCACGAAAGUAUAAAUUACCCUUUAACAAAGUUCAAACCUAUUAACAGAAACACUCUAACUGGUGAGAUGAUAAGAAAAUGACCUCAUGUUGAAGUGAUAGUGAAACUACACUGAUGAGCACAGCUGCAGCUUCAUGCAGAUGUUUUACUCAGCCAAACCUUCAAUCACAUGUUCUAUUACAUGCAUCAAGCAGCCAAUUACAUGAGAUUAUAUAUAAUUUAUAUACCCACCGUACGGUGGCGUUGUUACUGUUGAGUCUUACUCCAGAUUUCCUUUAUUUGAGAAGUGACACAAACUGCGAGGCAGCGUUAACACUGGCAGAACAGACUGAACCAACCUGCCGGGUUGAAUACAACUUUUAGCUGGGUAGAUUCACUCAAGUUCAAAUCUGAACUGUGCCACAAAAUGAUUAUUUUGUUUUCAAUGUUUUAAGUGCAGUUGUUUCCGAAGCAUCGUGAUUAUAUUUUGUUUCUGCCAUCUUCAAGGGCCUCAGUGUGUUCUGAAAUUGUCUAACACCUGCAACCUCAUAAAUGUUCAGUGUGUAAUGAGACAGGAGUUCCAGGAAUAUUCAUUCGCUCUGUUGCUGCCAGAACCAGACUAGUUCCCCAUCAACAACGUUUCAAAGGAACUAAAAGAUGUUUUUUUUAUUUUUUACACACAGUUAAACUGGUGCUAAUUGUGCCUGUGUAAAUGCAAUGAAUAUUAUCUACAUGUUGCCAAAAUUUGCCCUGUAACUGUAGCAACACUAGCUUAUACUAGCCAGGCAAUCAGUCUCCAUUAAAGGCAAAUGUCACUGUUUGACAAACUAAUGGAUUCUGCCUAGGACCAAGCGUAGCAACAGAUGUCUUCUCCACAUAUUUAGUAACUGAUUUAAUCAGUCAGUCUCUACAACUGGCUCUUUGAACCACUGAUGGAUGUUAGUGAAGACAAAGCCACAAAGUAUGUUUGAACACUUUCCAAUCAUAUAUAUUACUUGUAAUAUAGAUUCAUUUUAACGUAUUUAUAAUUAAUUCUGUUUUAUACCCAUGAGUCCAGGGAACUUGUUUUGAGUUUACCCUGUUAACUUGAGUUUAGAUGUAAUCUGUUGUGGAAGAGCCAUAUUUGAAACUCUACACAAUGUUUUCUUUAUCUUAAAUCAGGAUUGAAGAUUGCGACACGUUGUGUUAGCGUUGUGAAGCUGAUGCUGAUGACUGUGUUUCAGUGUCAGGUUAUGAGUUCCACUGCACAUUCUGGUUUUGUACUCUUAAACGAUGUUUACAACCUUCAGUUUUUUUUUUAAAGAACAGUAAGUAUUCAUUCCCAUGAGAUAAAACAGACCUGGGUUGAUUUCAGUUUCAAGCGUUUUUCUUGUCACAAAUAUUUAUAGAUCAUCUCACAUUUGAUCAUGUUAUCAUAAAAAGUUGUACAAGGAAAGGCUCCUGAAGUCUUCAGGCCUGAAACACUGAGCACAGCGGGGCUCUUUCAAAUCUCCAGCUUUCAGUGGGACUUGUACAGUGUUAAUACGACUGUAUGUUGUGUAUACAUAGUGUUGAUUAUCACUGUGGCCCUUUAGCUUACUAAAUCCUGCCACUUUAAUGUCAGCUCUAGUAUGUUGCCUUGACUGCAUCAGAUUCAGAUUAAAUCAAGAUAUUUGUGA